GUGGGCGGGGAGCACAGAUUCCGUCUAACGGUGAGGCUCGGGAAGGGAGACGGGCGAGAAACAUGAGUCGAAAUCGCCCGUAUGAAGGUUUCCAUCUUGAAGGAAUAAAAAAAUCACCGUCAAUUCUGAGAGGGACGACUAAAGCGAUGUGAGAGGGGAGAAGGGCGGAAGAAGAAGCGACCAGGGGCGUUUGACAGCAAGCUCAGGAACUUCACUGGAUUUGUUUUCUUCACUUUUCCCUCCAGUCGAAUCUAAAGUUUUGCUUUGCUUCCGUUCAGAUGUUGUUUUUGAUCUGACUGUCGUGUGAUUAUCUCAGAGACUUCCUGAACCGAGGGACGCUUUGGUUACCAGACAAUAUCCGACUUUGGAAGUACAAUGCAGGUCGUCAGCGGCUCGUCCUGUGUCACGUCAUUUCUUCAACAUGCGGAAACAUUUGGCAUCUAACCCAUAAUACAAGUUUGACCCUGAAGGGAAGGAGGUGUGCUGCUGAGGUGCAGAGUUCCUGCCUGAAAAGCUACACCCCCCGUUCCUGCACACUCCCCUGCUAUAGUGUGGAUAUUCAGUCGGAGAAACUUUCUGUGAGACUGUGUCAAAUAAACAGGUUGCGGUGGAUUGGUUUGUUUACAUGUGUUUGUGCUGUCCCAGAACCAUCCUGUACAGUGUGCUGGGACUGCAGUGCCGUCUGGAUUUCUGAGAGGGCUCCUUGUCCCGGUAGAGGCCAGCCACCUUAUUCUGUAGGUGGGCAGAGGAAGCGCAGUGUGUUUUUGGAGCUCUGGCUGUAAAGGCUGGGUGAAGUUGCCAGUGGAGGGCUGUGUGUAUCACUGGAUUAGCCUGAGUGAUAAUAUCACUCUACACUGUCCUCUGUCCAGUGACAAGUCUCCCCACACAGUAUCAGUUAUUGGAGCUAUUUUUGGCCUAAGGGAUGGGGUAAAACCAGGCAGCUGGAACUCCCCUCCACCUCCUUCACUUCCACCCCUUCGGUCACACUACCUCGCUCAGCCCACCUGGCAGUAUGCUGGGCGAGCCUGGUUAGCACAGACUUGACUUACUACUAGUUAUUGUUUUUACACAUACUCUUGAUGAAAAGGAAAAUUGGAUUAACUCGUUGUGCUGAUUAAAGUGCUGAGCACUCUUGGAACCACGCUGACCAUGGAGUCUUGGAACCUGGGAAUACUAGAUGCACUCAUCACAUAAACCCUGUGCAGGAUAACUACCAAGAUGUCUGAAGAACUACUUGUAUAAAGAGUCUAUGCCUUUACCCAUUGGACAUUUAGCUCAAACUGUCUAUCAGAUUGGCCACUUGUUAACACUUGAUAACAAAGGCCUACUUUUGAGUGCUUAAAAUAUCAGUCACCAGCGAUCUGGAGCAGCACACGCCUCCAGCACACCGAAAGAAUGCAUGAAACUGCCAAAACCAAUGUAACAAAAAGUUAACCAGACUAACCAAAUAAUAUAUUUCCCCCUGCUCCCUAGACCCACAGAGAAACAGAUUAUAUAUGUAGAAAGAAAGAUCUAAAUCUAUCGUGUAACUCCACAGAGGACAAAUAUAACAUCCUUUAUAUUUUUACCAAGAGAGACAAGCUGCCUGUUCACCAGUUGGUUGCCUUAGAAACCACAGUCACAAAAUAAUUUUAAAAAAGAGCCAGAGAAGUUGGUGCCUUUCGAUUGGUUGGUCGGUUUCCCACCAUUUCAAGAUUCAUUGAUUCAGUUGGAUGUAAACGGUCGAAGUGAACUCUGGGAUUGAAGACACGUCUGUUGACAGUUACCUGACUCCACACAAGCUCCACGCCUCUGUCACACUGUUCUGACUGACAGUAUUUCCCUGCUGGAUUGAACAAUUGCCAAGCAUUUCCAUGGUGAUCACGUCAUCAUCCGUGGAGGACAAGACUGUGCCCUCAUGCAGGAUGGUCCAAUCAGAACCCUGGAUCCCCUCUGGCCUGUUGCGCAAGAACAAGAGUGUAAGCAGCUCAGGAUGUCCGCCCACCUCCUCCUCCUCCUCCUCCUCCUCCUCCUCCUCCUCCUCCUCCACUGCCCAGGGCUUCUCCCUCGCUGAGCCAGCCAUGACCAGCCAGCACACACAUACACACCCCUCCUUCAGCUCCAUCCACUCCAUGGCCGAGCAGCAGCAGGUGCUGUCUGAUAUGACCAUACUCCAGCGGAGGAUCCCCCCCAGUUUCAGAGACCCUGCCAGCGCUCCACUGAGGAAACUUUCUGUUGACCUCAUCAAAACCUACAAGCACAUCAAUGAGGUGUACUAUACUAAGAAAAAGCGGAGGGCCCAGCAGGUCCCUCCAGAGGACAGCAGCACCAAGAAGGAGAGAAAAGUCUACAAUGACGGCUAUGACGACGACAACUACGACUACAUAGUCAAAAAUGGAGAAAAGUGGCUGGACCGCUAUGAGAUAGACUCACUGAUCGGGAAGGGCUCCUUUGGACAGGUGGUGAAGGCCUACGACCACCACGAGCAGGAAUGGGUUGCCAUUAAGAUCAUCAAGAACAAAAAGGCGUUUCUAAACCAGGCACAGAUUGAACUACGCCUGCUGGAGCUCAUGAACAAGCAUGACACUGAGAUGAAAUAUUACAUUGUCCACCUGAAGCGUCACUUUAUGUUUAGGAACCAUCUCUGUUUGGUGUUUGAGUUGUUGAGCUACAACCUGUACGAUCUGCUGAGGAACACCAACUUCAGAGGAGUCUCCCUCAACCUCACCAGAAAAUUUGCACAGCAGCUCUGUACAGCGUUAUUAUUCCUUGCCACUCCAGAGCUGUCAAUCAUCCACUGCGACCUGAAACCAGAGAACAUCCUGCUAUGUAACCCCAAGAGAUCUGCGAUCAAGAUAGUUGACUUUGGCUCCUCCUGCCAGCUCGGACAGAGGAUCUAUCAGUACAUCCAGAGCAGGUUUUACCGCUCUCCUGAGGUCCUAUUGGGAAUGCCAUAUGACCUGGCCAUUGACAUGUGGUCCCUGGGAUGCAUCCUGGUGGAGAUGCACACAGGAGAGCCUCUCUUCAGUGGCUCCAAUGAGGUUGACCAGAUGAAUAAGAUUGUGGAGGUCCUGGGGGUCCCACCCAGCCACAUGCUGGAUGCAGCUCCUAAAGCUAGGAAGUACUUUGACAAGCUGUCAGAUGGUCUCUGGACAGUGAAGAAGAACAAGGACAUCAAGAAGGAGUAUAAGCCCCCAGCCACACGGCGUCUUCAUGAGAUUUUGGGUGUUGAGACUGGUGGGCCAGGGGGGCGGAGGGCAGGUGAGCCAGGACACGCCCCCUGUGACUACCUGAAGUUUAAAGACCUGAUCCUGCGCAUGCUGGACUAUGACCCUAAAAGCCGCAUCACACCAUUCUACGCACUGCAGCACAAUUUCUUCAAGAAGACGACAGAUGAAGGAACCAACACCAGUUCAUCUACAUCCACCUCUCCUGCCAUGGACCACUCCCAUUCAACCUCCACUACUAGCUCUGUUUCUAGCUCUGGUGGCUCCAGUGGUUCUUCCAAUGACAACCGCAACUACCGCUACAGUAACCGCUACUACAACUCUGCUGUUACACAUUCAGACUAUGAGAUGACCAGCCCUCAGGCUCCCUCCCAGCAGCAGAUGAGGAUGUGGCCAGGCAGUGAUGGUGGAGGUGGGGGUCAGGACCCAGCAUACACCCAGUUGCUGCUCCACAAGCCAGCUGCCUCCCAACAGCACCAGCGCCACUUCCUGGACCCACCACACCACCCUCACCCAACUUACUCCCACCACGGGAACGGUGGGCGUGGCCUGCGGCAGGGCGGACAGACAGGCAUCGGUGGAGGCGGCGGCCAGCAGGGAUCCUCACCCCAGAUGAGUGACAGCAUGGAUGUGGGCGUGUCCCUAGGGCUGCACCACCUGGGGGCAGUGUCUUCCAUGGAGGCCUCUCAGUUCGGCUCUGCCUCCCUGCCCCUCGCUCUGCCAAUUGGACUGUCUGCCUUCCGGACUCGGACGGCCCCGACUGCCCCAGGGCCACAAGCCCCGCCCCCUGAGGACUACUACCCUGCCUCCAACAACAAUAACCCCGCUGCGGGGGGCAGAGGGAGGCCGGACUCAGAUGAGGGGCCAGCCAACUCUUGAUAAAACCUGAACCAUGCCCUAAAGCCAUACAAUUUUAACUACAACUACUACAACUACACCCAUACAGCCAGAGUUCAGAGACAAAGAGGUGAACUUUGUGCUGAAGGAGACAGUUUGUAACUGCAUGAGAGGAGGAGGAGGAAGGAGGAAGGAGGAGGAUGCUGGGAAAACUCCUUUUAUCCAGUUUUAGUUUGUUGUCUUUUGUUGCGACUGUACUUGGAAAGGAAUGAUUGUGACAAGUUUGUUUUUAUUAAUAUUAUUAUUGUUGUUUAAUAUUAUUUGAUUUUUCUCGGGUUUGAGGAGUUGUGUGUUCUACUUGGUUGUUGUUUGAGCCUGGAGAGGAGGAGGAGGACGAAGAAGAAUGAGAGAGGAGCCACACGUUUCCAUCUUACUCAUAUGGUGGUUGGGAGUGGAAAGAGCACAUAUUCAUGUUCACAACAAUUAGUCCUGACAUUAGUAUCUUCAUAUUUACAGCUCCGAGAGACGAGCAGUCUUAACAAACACACACACACACACAUACACACACACACAUAUAAACUGUAUAUAUACUACUGCAUCAUGAAGACAGUAGCUGGUUUCAAAGGGAGAAAACACCAACAUAUGUGUGAUUCAGGCCUCAAGGUUUCAUGGAUUCUCUCUCCUGUCUGUGUUCAGCUCACUAUUUGUUAGCGUUUGUGUCCUCCCUCUGUUGCUCUCCACCUGGCUGUGACAGAGUAAGGAGAGGUGGAGGGAGGAGAAGGUGACGGGACACUUAAUGCCUUCCAGGCGCUCAUAAGAAUCUCCUUCUCCUCCUUCUCCUCCCUGCCUCUCUGCUCUCUUCUUCCUCUCCUCCUCCUGUUGUGUUUCUCCUCCAGACAGCUCCUCCUCUCUGUGCUGCUAAUCACCAUGAGAACUGGUCCGGAUUGCUGCUAAAGAUCCAACACAGAUCAAUAAAGAAAUAAAAAGAAAUAGAAACAGAAAUUAAAAAAAACUUUUUAACCCUUCUGCUUAAGGAAAAGGAUAAAGUAAGAACCACUGCAUCUCAAUGUAUUUAUUACUAUUUAACAUGAAAAAACAAACUGAAAGUAACCCUUUUUUCUGCUCUUCUUUGUUUGGUUGCCUUCUUUCU